GGCGCGCAUCGGCGAGCAAGUGUGGGCACGCGAAAACGAGUUUGACGGGCAGCGGCAGCAGUAGCAGCGACGAAUAUAGCGCGACGUUUUGUAUGAACUCUUAUGGUGUACUAUAGAAGAGCAGCGGCAACGUGAAGAGUGUGAUUGUGUUGAUUGCAUUGCGCCGAUCGGCUGCUUCAGCGCUAAUGCAGUGCGUUUCAAGGGCUGAGAUUUUCCAAUUGGAAAAUACCGGAAGUUGUGUAGCGACAGCGACGGUCAGGAGUUGCAAGUGUAUGCUGAGCAGAGCGUUCUCCGACGAUCUUAUGAAAUAAUUAUUAUUGUUGUCACGAUUGAUUAGUUAAUGAUUUUGCUAUGGGCGCGUAUUGAACUAUGUAAAAUGUGACGCGCGAUGUAUUAUCAAGUGAAAUAAAAUGAAAUCUCGAAAUGCCGACGCUGCAAAUCGCGCAAUAUCUAAAGAUAUAAACUGAAAGGAACUAAUAAAAGAAAUAAAUAUAUAUUUUUUUUUGCGCCAACACAUCACAUGACCACAGUAGCGAAAAUUUGAGUUCAAAGAGUUUAUAAUAAUAACCAAAGCACAGGCUAGUUGGCCAGUCAAAGUGUCAAAUUACCCCCAAACAAGUUUUAGUCGUCUAUUGUUGUUGUUGCUAGUGCAGGCGGUUGACAAGUUUGUGAAGCGUUUUUUAAUUAGAGCAGACGGUGGGGAUUUCGGCUUGAGUUUGUGGUUAAACUGCUUUUCUGCACGUGUAAGUGUAUGUGUGCGUGUGACGGCAUGCAGGCAGUCCACCAAAACCUUGACCCUGUCAACCGAAACAGCAGAAACUACAAAAACGAAAGCAACAUUAGCAAAAACACAACAAAAAAAAGUGAACCAAAACAACAACAACAAUUAUUUAGUAAGCGUCCGUCAGCAGUCAGCGCCAUUAGAAUGCUGACCUGUCAAAGUGUGAACAGCUACAAGUUUUAGGUUGCCAGUAACACAUGGCAUUCAUAUGUCAAGUAAACUAUCAAAAAACAACAACAAUACCAGCACAUAUUUUACAGCUAACAGCUUUGGUUUAAACCACGGGCGCGCUUCCAAUCUGUGACCAACGGCCAUUUUGUAUGGCAAACAGUGGCAAAAUGUCGCAGUGGUGUUAAUGACACAGCGUGAACGUAAGCGGUACGAGUAAAAAAAGAAAUAAUAAUAAACAGUUAUGCACCAAGUAAUCGAAAAUUAAUGCAUAACGGUUGUUAAAGAUCGCAGCUUCUCUGUUGGGACACAAAAAAAAAUCGAAACAGUAAAAUAAUAUGCCAAACUUUGCGUGGGUCUUUUUCGGUAAACAAAAAUUAUGACUUUAUUAUACAAAUUAGUUAUCGAUUUGUAUGAUCCACACACAUUUAGUUUUUGGCUUUAAAGCAUUUUAUAAACAAAACGAACCUCAUCAAAUUUGUAAAUAAAAACGUGCAAUAUUUUGAUUUCGUAGUGGUCAACUGAUCAUAAUGGCUGCUUAUGCGCAGUAUAAUGGCUGCGGUUAUCCGUCGGCGAAUCAGUAUCUCACGGCUGGUGGUGCUUUAUCCAAUCUGCAUCCCAUCUCACCAUCUCCGUUAGCCGCCACGAAUCCUGCUCAUCCACCUGCCUCGAUCAGUCCGCCCUCCAAUGGGCAUGAUAGUAAUGUUAGCAGUACUGGUGUUGGUGGUGGUGUCGAUCUCAAUAGUGGCACACUAACGCCCGAUCCUGCCUCGCAACCUUCAAAUACCGGCACACCCAGCGCGGCAGGCAGUAGCGCCAGUGCGAGCGGCAGCAUCGACAGCAGUUCGCUGGAACCAUAUGGCACAUGUGCAACUGUCGAUCCAAUGACGGGUUUACCACCACCUUCAGUAACACAACAUUCGCUGUCCGCUGGCGCAGUUUGCUGUGAUAAUGGUCGACCAGUUAUGACAGAUCCGAUGACGGGUCAAACGGUUUGUUCAUGUCAAUACGAUCCAACUCGUUUGGCUUUGAGUAGUUAUGCGCGUAUGCAGUCGGCAGCGGCAGUAGCGGCUUCGGCUGGGGUACAAACGCCUAGCGUGGGUGUGUACGGUACACCAUAUCCCUCGAAUGAGCAGAAUCCGUAUCCCAGUAUUAGCGUCGACAGUGGGCCCUUCUACUCAAGUUUGAGUACGCCUUACACUUUGAAGGAUGGCAGUUGUAACGGCAGUGAGGUGACAACUUGGACUUCGACGGGGUUGCCACCUUCAACCGGCUACUAUACGUACGAUCCAACAUUCGGUGCGUAUGGUUAUGGCGCCAGUUAUGAUUUAGCGUCGCGGCGGAAGAAUGCCACGCGUGAAUCCACAGCCACGCUGAAGGCCUGGCUCAGUGAGCACAAGAAGAAUCCAUAUCCGACCAAAGGCGAGAAGAUCAUGUUGGCCAUUAUCACCAAAAUGACACUGACACAGGUGUCCACGUGGUUUGCGAAUGCGCGCCGACGCCUCAAAAAGGACAACAAAAUGACUUGGGAGCCAAAGAAUCGCACCGAAGACGAAGAUGAGGACGCGUUGGCCUCGGACGAGGAGAAACCACGACACAGUGAAGAGAUGAGCAUGAAUAGCAUUAGUGUUGGUGGCGUUGGCUGUGCGGAGCGCAGGCGGCCACUCGGCAUGGAGUACCCUGGCGGCGCCAUAAACGUUACAAUUGGCAACAACACAACAGUUGCGGCAAAUACAUCGACGACGGCGGCAGCAGGUGCCGUGGAUGUUGGCGUGAGUGGCGUGGGUGCAACAAUUGCGGCUGCGACGUCGACGGUAUCGGCGGCAACCAACCAACAUUCCCACAUCGGCGGCACGAGUGUGGGCGCCGUCGGUGCAAUACAACCUGCAAAAGAAGCUUUAGAUUUAGUGCAAUUAAAUAGAGCCACCACGCCGCCAGCAAUUGAAGUGCAAUCAACGUCAACAGUUAACUAUCAGUCUUAUGAAAAUCCUGACGCAUACAUCACAAACAGUUACAGUUAUGCCAAACAAGAGCUGCUCUACAACCCACCACAAAGCAGACCACGCAUAUGGAGCUUGGCCAACACGGCUGCCGACGAGACUUCGCCGCUACACCUAAGCGCACUUACCAACAUGAAUGCCAUGCAACGCGAAUGGACCGCCAACUAUAUGCCUUCACCCUAUGCGUCUGCCGGCGCAAAGAAUCAAACCGCCGUAGUCGCAACAAUUUCCAUGCAACCCACUUCACCCGGACCAACCCUCUCCAACGGACCACAGCGGUACGGCGGACAAUCGACUGCAGUGACGCCACCGCAAACACCGCCAAACCAAUUGCACACAUUUGCUGGAGCUUUUAAUCACGGCGGCGCUAUGCAGGCAGCUAGCCGGGAAAUGACGGCCUACAAUGCGGCAAGAAGUGAGGAGCUCCGUGCCGCUGACAGCCUCUACUGUAAGGGUCAGAAUUGCGCGUGAUUGUGCGCCGAGUGUGGGGGAUAGGAGUUAAAGAUCUCUAUCAACAUCCUCAACAGUAUUCGCGAAAUCUCUUCUAUGGCAGUAAUAAUAAUGACAGUAGUCAUACUUUACAUGC